CUCUCUCUCUCGCGCGCGCGCGCGCGCGUCGAGGGCGACAUGAACGCGGCCUCAUCAGAGCCGUCCAUGGAGCAUCAGAGCGCCACGAUGCGGCCUCCGAAGCGCCUCCUAUUUGAUCGGCGCUACGGUUGGAUUUUUGAUGAGUGGAAAGAUCCCUCGGAAGAGGCUUUAGCUGGUGGAAGAGGAAUGUUCUGCAUCUUGCCCAUUGCGAAAUCGCUAUUGAAUAUCGCCUCACAAUCGAUCGAAGCCGCUGCAGAAUCAGUGAAUAGAGUUACGAAAAAUACUAAACACGUCUCGCCCGAGGCAUCUUCUGAAGAACAGAGAACUUGGUUUCAUAAACUGGAACAUUCUGGAGCCGCUGCCGCGAAUCUCAAGUUGAAAUGAGGAACAGGUUCUACAUCGAACGACGCUCAGAACAACUUAUGUUGGAUUCAGGUGAGCUAGUUUUGUACCUGGUAUUUGCUGAAUGUGUGUGUAUCUUUGUUGAGUUAAUAAAAAAAAGUUAAACAAAAAUUGAUGAGAAUUUGCAAACUCAUUCCUUGGUUAUCUUUUUCUAUCCCUCUUUUCUUUUUUUCUUUUUGUUUUUUUUGCUUGUUGUUGAAUUGGUCACAAUAGCUCAAUUUUACAUAAAGUGCUUAUGAUGUGCACUAGGAAAAGAUUUAAAUCUUU